UAUUGUGUAUGAUUUACAUGUGGUACAUGUGGUCUAAUUUAAAGGUCUCAAUUUUUCACGUGUUCGUAAUUUCUAUUUACUAGUCUCCGCUGAUUAGAUACUUAUUUAACCGUAAAAGUGAGUUCAGUAAAGUUCAGAGGAAAAAUAAAUUAAAGUUGACAAUGCAAUCCACAGCUGCAGGAUUUUUGCCGCCGGAGGUUAUGGCGUCCAUUCAGAAAGGAUUUGUGACAAUGAAUAAAACUAUAAAACUAUCAAACAACCUGCCUGUUGGUGGGGCGUACAAGCAGUGCAGCUCAGUUACCGACUUUGAUGUUGUGGCACAGCGGUUCAGUCAUAAUGUGGUCUUCCAGCUGAAUAGUAUAUUUAUGACUGAGCUGGCAUCCUACAAGCUAAAGGGCGAUGACUUUGAAUACAAUAUGGAACGGCUCGUUGAUGCCAACGACAGUAUACUGGAUCGCGUAUAUAAUAAUAUUGACUGCGUUAACAAAGGAGUUGAACCAAAUCGACCAACUGAUAAUGCCGUGAUAGGUCCAGGCGGUUACUACAGGCCUAAAAUAACUAAAAUACAAGUGGGUGAUACGACUUUUACGGCCGCCAGAAACAUAACUCGGCCGCAGCUGUUUUUCAAAGACCAGAUUGAUAAUACGUCUGCUGUGUGGGUGCCAAAAAUUAAGGAAAAACCGAAUAAUACUAAACCUUUGGCAUUAGAAAGGAUAUACGAUGAAGAUGGCAGGCAUAUUGGAUUUGAACAUCCUUAUCGCAUCGAAUUAGACCAGUUCACACCAAGGCCGGAGUGGCUUACAUAUGAUAAUGAAGAGCCUGCUAUGCCACCAGCAGUAACUGAGACAAAUUUUACAUUUGUAUCAGAUGAAAAGCAGUUGGACGAACUGGUCAAGCAUCUACUAACUGUCGAGGAGCUUGGUGUCGACUUGGAGCACCAUUCAUAUCGUUCAUAUCAAGGGUUCACAUGCCUUGUGCAAUUAACAACAACAGCUGGCGAUUUCAUUAUAGACGCCAUAGCUUGCCGCGAAUAUCUAUACAAAUUGAACGAGGUAUUCACCAAUCCGAAUAUAUUAAAAAUCUUCCACGGGUCCGACUGCGACAUUCUAUGGUUGCAGAAAGAUUUUGGCCUGUAUGUCCUCGGUAUCUUCGACACUUAUCGCGCAGCCCAAGUACUCAAUUUCAGCAUAAAGUCUCUUGCCGCUCUGCUCAAAAGAUACUGCGGAGUUGAUGCAGACAAAACACACCAGAUGGCUGACUGGCGCCUGCGUCCGCUGACGCCCGAACUUAUUACAUAUGCGCGAACUGAUACUCAUUUUCUGCCCUAUAUAUGUAAGAAAAUGCGUGCAGAUCUAAUAAGGGCGGGCAACGGCGACCCUCACCUGCUCGAAAAAGUGUUUAAGAGAAGCCAAGAAGUGUCCGGGAGGACAUACACCAAACCUGCUGUGGACCAAAAUAGUCACUUAAAGCUGUAUCAAAACAGUAGACCAUUUAACGCCCAGCAAAUGGAAGCUUUGAAACGUUUAUACCUGUGGCGAGAUGAGGAAGCGAGAAGAAUGGACGAGAGCACGUCGUAUCUUCUGCCCAACCAUAUGCUUUUGUCGCUUGCUGAAGUCCUCCCGCGAGACACACAAGGCGUGACCGCCUUAUGCCAACCAAUGCCGCCUUUUGUGCGGCAGAAUGUCGAAAAAAUUUGUCAAAUACUGAUGUCCUGUCGCCAGGUACACUUAGACGAUGGCUUCGGCGCCAGGUUCACCGCUGCCCGCCUUGAGCCGCCGGCCCCCGAGUACGCCGUCCACGAUUUGCCGCAUGAGGAGGACGAGGACGACAGAGUUGAUGUGGCAUUAAACGGAAAUGGCGCUCUACAUCGACGCAUGGAUUGUUAUUAUCAGGUAAGCCUUCCCGAUAUCAAGAUAUUUGUUAUGGAGGACAAAAGCGAAAAUGCACCACCUUCGGUCUUCAUGCCAUAUUAUUUCGUGCCGCCCUUCGUCCGACACAGCAACUACCGUAUUAUAGCGCAGCCGGCCCUCCUUAGGCGGAAUGCCGAAGUACGAGUACAGGAAGUACAGGAAGCACUGACGGCGGCUUCAAGUAAUGUCGCCGGGCCAUCGGCUACGCCACCACAGGCUCAGUAUCGGCAAAAUAAUAACAAAAAGUGGCAUAACAAAAAAAAGACGUAGUGUCUUUUUUUUGUUAUUUUUUCAAAUCAAACAUAGCCUC